GUUGCUUUUGCCUUUUGCCUCCUGUUCACCUCCAUGAGGAUUCCUUGGCUCUCUAUCGCUCUGAUAACGUGUGUCAAGGCUCAGUACUUCUCCGAAGGCUGGAAACCUGGCAGUGACCAGGACGUUUCAUCUGACGCGCCAAACAUUGCUCAGGGCGUCACGAAAGUUUUCGGGGCUCAACCACCACAACAGACGCAAGAGAGUAGCCCACCUCAGGCUGUUUCCCAGAAGCCAAAACGGUUGAGCGAACUCUUGGACUUCACUUGGGUUCUUACCUCUUCUCCCGUUUCGUCACUGUUCUCCACCGUUGGAAUCAACAUUACGGAGAAGGUGGCAAAGGCGAAGGAAUCACCUUGGGAUGUUCGUAUUCCUCUCAUAACGGACGACAAUUAUGAAACUCUUAUUGUGAACGAGCCUCUGACUGAGGAAGAGGAAAAAGCUCGAACGUGGGUGUUGAUUGUCUCCGGCGAUUAUUCCCAAGGAGGACUAUCUCCGGUUAUUGAUGGCAUUUUUGACCAAGAAUUCAACGAGACAAUGACUGUGAACGAUCUACCACAUGUUCGCUGGGCUCGUAUAGACUACUUGAAGGUCACCUAUUUGACAACGAAAUGGGCUACUUGGCAAGUCCCUACAUUGGUCGUAUUGAAGGACCGUGGUCAAACACUUCGUUUCUACAGACCUCAGUAUCUGCGUAUUGGAGACGGUCGGCUUCGCGAGUUUCUGAAGGAGGAAUACUACCUGAAAACUACGCCUUGGAACAGUGAUUUUGCUCCUGGCGGUUCCAAGGAGUACAUCCUGCACUAUUACGGCUACGCCUUGAUGAAGAUCUAUGGUAUGAUGGUCGCAGUACCAAGAUGGCUCCUGUACAUCCUUUCGGGAACCAUAGCUUCCACAGUGAUUCAGUUUCUUCAUCGACCUCGGGCGCAAAGCCCACCAAUCACGAAGGGAGACAACAAGACGACCCCGUCAAGUGCGGCCGAACGAUCUCAGUCAGUUACCGGGAAAACCUCUUCGGGAGUUGAAGAGGGGGUCGGAGGAGCGGCGAAACGAAGGAAGGCAAAGAAAUGAUACGGAUCUAGGAGACAGUUGUAAAGAGGCAAAGAAUCACAAGUUGCCUCUCUCCGGAUCUGUUUCAAACCCGUUGCUGAAUUGUACCAAACUCUCCUUGACGUCGCCACAUCACUGAGCUUCUCAGGGAAAAGUUGCCUUACAUAAGAGGAAGUCUAUUAUCAGGCCCACGUCUUUUAGCCUCCAAACUCAGGCUCCCUAUAUUUUUCAUGACACAACUUUGUGCCCGGUCAUGAUCUUUCAAGUUCUCUACGCUUUUCUUUGGCUGAAAGCACAGCCAAAGAAAACAACGGGUUUGCAUUUCUAUCAGUUGCAUAAACCCUUUUCACCGUUUGUCUCCCGGCUUCCAACAUUGACUUUCUAGUGGCUACUACGAGCAGAUUGAUCCCUAUAAAACCACAAAAUAGUAUUCGGUCACCAUCAGUCGCAGUGUCUUCAGCAUUCUUCUCUUCAUUCUCCUGUAAUUUCCGGAUCUUCGUCCUAUUCCCUUGUCGGUUUUGGAAUGUCCGGCUACACAAACCCCUUGCAUACUCCCGUCUAUCCCCCUCACCUUUCCUCAUUUUCUUCUCUUGGCCCCGCUGUGGCCCCACCAUCUUCUAGUAUUCCUUCAAGUCGCCGACAUGUACCUCAGACGCCGUAUGGUCCCACAAAGUGGAAGCAUCAAACUGGUCGUCUACAAACCUUGAGUAGUCCCGUCUCUUUGACUCGAUAGGCUUGCCCAAUCAAGGGGUGCCGCUCCGAGAGUUGUGUGCAAGAGGUCCUUACGUGCUGCAACAAAUGAUGCAAGGCCCUAAUGUUUUUGUUUUUGCACACCUGCCAUCUCAGCCAAAAAAGAUUACUUUCCAUAUUGGAUGGCCUGGUUAUGAACGCGUCGAGCCGACUCGCACCAUCGAAGGUGUCACCCCGAGCCAGCCAUGACUCGGGUACAGCUUGCAGGGGUCAUCGCACAAAAUCUGGCUCGAUUUUUCGAGGUAAUAUUUACUGUAUCAAUUAGCAGCAGUCGUUUAUCGUCUAAUCAAAACCUCAUCUGGAAAACCC